GACAUUCCAGGAACAAACGUCGUGGAUACAUGGUUGCAAAACUACUGCAGUACAUAUAAUGGUGCAAGAAGUUCGACUAAAUCGUCUAUUUGGUUCAAUGUGCAAGACAGUAUUCUCCAGAGAGGUUGAUUUCAAUCGAGAUCAUGUAGAAGCACUCGAGUGUCUCAAUACCGACAGUAGUGUAGCGAAAUUUUUGCUGAAUUAUAUGAGAAGCUUUACAUAAAUAUUAUAACAGUGUACGUUGUGAAAGUGAUUGUUUAUUGCAAUGAAUGUUGAUAUAAACCAUAUCGAUGAGAUCAUUCUUGGCGAAGGUAGUGAUGAACAUCAAAUAAAACCUGUUUACCAAUCCCUGGCUGCGUUUUGUGUAGCGAUUCGUUAACUAAAAGAAUGCAGUUUACAGCAGCAUUUUUUAUACAUAAAUGUGUAUGAGAGUGUAACGGAGGCGGAUCAAAGUGAUUGCAGUGCAGUGUAUGUUUCCAAACGCAUAUGCUUGUGAAUAUUGAGUACUUAUGUAUGUGAUUCGUGUGAUGAGUGUUGAUGUUCGUUGUAUUCAAGAUGCGACUUUCAUCGGCCGUGCUUAUAGUGUCAUGUGGAUUUGUAUAUGGGAUGUUUGGAGCGUCACUAAGCAAGUCUUUACUAAAUCCGGCACCAGACGAAUGCAGUUGGACAAAUACCGAAGACGAUAACCCGACACUCGUUUGCCGCAUAAGGACUAUAAAUAGUGAGCUAGAAAAUACAAACUUCAGCAUAAUACAUCCAGAAAACACCAAAAGACUGAUACUACAGUGCAAUGAUGGACUGUUUUUUCAAAGCAACCUUAGUCCUGGCAGCUUCAGGCAGCUUAGUGAUUUACAGUCGCUGUCUAUCGAAUACUGCAAGCUAGCAAAUUUAAGUGAUGGUGCUUUUCGAGGUCUAAAGAAGUUGACAAACUUAACGUUGCGAACAUAUAAUACCGAGUGGACUUCAGUUAGUUUGGAAAUUGCUCCAAAGGCAUUUAAUAGUGAAAUUUCAAAGUUGAAAAGGUUGGAUCUUAGUGUGAACAACAUUCGGAGUGUACCAGAUGGUGUUAUUUGUCCGUUAGUCAAAUUAGAAUAUCUGAAUCUGACCCAAAAUCGAUUGCGCGACCUCACUCGCUUUCACUUUAGUGCUUCAUUGAGCACACGACUCUCAAAGAAAUGUGGCAAUUCUAUAAUCAUGCUGGAUUUUUCGCAAAACAACAUCGACAAUCUACCACCAGCUAUUUUUUCUGGCCUUGGUAAGCUUUCUGAUUUGCGACUGCAAAGCAACGGACUCAACUUCAUCGCCGAUCGUGCUCUGGAGGGUUUAGUGUCACUAUCGCGAUUGGACAUUUCACAGAAUAGAAUAACCAACUUGCCUCCGGAACUGUUUUCUGAAGCUAAGCACAUAGAAGAAAUUUAUCUGCAAAAUAACAGUCUGAACGUGCUGGCACCUGGAAUAUUCACCGAUUUGCAACAACUACAAAUAUUGGAUCUUUCCAACAAUGAACUUACAUCAGAGUGGAUCAACCCUUCAACGUUCAAAGGGCUGCUACGGCUAAUAUUGCUGGACUUGUCCAACAAUAAACUAUCAAAAGUGGAGCCAACCAUUUUUCGUGAUUUAAGCAACAUGCAGGUCCUACGGUUGCAGAACAAUUUCAUCGAAACCAUCGCAAUAAAUACCUUCCAGGGGCUAACUGCAUUACACACCCUCGUUCUGUCGCAUAACCGCAUAUCCGCUAUAGACCACUUUACGUUGGCUGGGCUAGAAAGUUUGGCUCUGCUAUCCUUGGACUACAACAGAAUCAAUCGGAUCGAUCGUCAAGCAUUUAGAAACCAGUCUCACCUGCAGGAGCUGCACCUGAACGAUAAUAAACUGCUACAAGUUCCAGAUGCGCUAUACGAUGUCCCGCUGCUACGCACACUUGAUUUAGGAGAAAAUCAUAUCAGUAACAUAGACCAUGCUAGCUUUCGACAAAUGGAACAUUUGUACGGAUUAAGAUUAACAGAAAACAACAUCGAGAUUAUUCGACGCGGCACACUAGACGCUAUGAAAUCACUACACAUCUUAAAUGUAUCGCAAAAUAGAUUGAAAACCGUGGAGCAAUCUUGUUUCGACAAUAACACAAAGUUGCAGGCAAUUCGACUCGACGGAAAUUAUCUGACUGAUAUUGCUGGCUUGUUUACAAAGCUACCAAAUCUGCUGUGGCUCAACAUAAGUGACAACCAUUUAGAAGUUUUUGAUUAUGCACUUAUUCCUACCGGACUGCAGUGGUUAGAUAUUCAUUCAAACAAAAUAAGUGAACUUGGUAAUUAUUUUGAGAUUGAGUCGCAGCUGUCCCUUAGUACUAUUGAUGCCAGUUCAAAUCAGCUUACAGAAAUAACCGGUAGUGCCAUUCCAAAUAGUGUGGAGCUGUUGUAUUUGAAUGAUAAUCUUAUUUCGAAAGUGCAGUCGUACACAUUUUUCAAAAAGCCAAACUUGACUCGAGUUGACCUCUUCGGCAACAAAAUCACGACGCUGGAUCCUAACUCGUUACGAAUAUCAGCCGUUUCGGAGGAGCGUGCAUUGCCUGAAUUUUACAUAGGUGGUAAUCCGUAUCAAUGUGACUGCAACCUUAAUUGGCUACAAAAUAAUAACGUUGAAUCACGAACUCAACCAAAGCUGAUGGAUUUAGACAGCAUAUACUGCAAGCUGCUAUACAACCGUGGUCGAACGUAUGUGCCACUAGUCGAGGCUAUGCCAAAUCAAUUUCUGUGUAAAUAUGAAACUCAUUGCUUUGCUCUUUGUCAUUGUUGUGAUUUUUAUGCGUGCGACUGUAAAAUGGAAUGUCCCAAUCAAUGCACAUGCUAUCAUGAUCAAAGCUGGACCUCCAAUGUAGUUGACUGCUCACGGGCUGGAUAUUAUGAGCAGCUUCCUGAUCAAAUGCCCAUGGACUCAACACAAAUUUAUCUUGACGGAAACAAUUUCAAAGUACUCAAUAGCCACGCAUUUCUUGGUCGAAAACGAUUAAAAAUUCUCUUCUUGAAUAAUUCCAAUAUCGAGCUAAUAAGCAACAGAACUUUCUACGGGCUACAAUCGCUAGAAAUUUUGCAACUAGACCAUAACCUUAUUAGCAAUUUAAACGGCUUCGAAUUCAUUGGACUCAGUCAACUUAAGGAGUUAUUGUUGCAUCACAACCGAAUAUCCUUUGUUGGGAAUCACUCAUUCGAAAUGUUGCAUAGCCUAAAGAUCCUCCGGCUCGAUCAUAACCGUAUUGUGGAGUUCAAUAACUGGUUCUUGCCAAGUCAGAUGAACGAAAUACGACUUGCCGAGAAUCCUUGGUCUUGCCAGUGUGGCUUUGUUGAGUGGUUCCAUGAUUAUUUAAAUAGAAACGAGAUCAUCACGGAUCGUCAAGAGAUCAAAUGUUCGCCAAUAACAACGCGUCGAGAGGAAUCAUUAACAAAUAAUACGAACGGCGACGAUGUUAACAAUAUUGACUCACCUUCAAACAACUUGGCAAGUGAUAAUGCCGAAGGGUUUCUUAUAUACCCUGACAAUAGUACCUCUCUGUGUAUCACUACAUUACCAUUGGAAAAUUUGAUAGACAGCAAUCUUGCUUCUAAGAAAACGGUUUUAACUGGGCAACCAAUAGAAGGAUACAUUCCCUAUCUCGUAGCUACAUUGGUUGGGUUUUGCGUGGUAAUCGUCUUAACGCUAGUUUUGUUCGUAUUUCGACAGGAUAUGCGUGUAUGGUUUCACUCUAAGUUUGGAGUACGAUUAUUUUAUCACAACGCUGAUAUAGAUAAGCAAGAGCGCGACAAGUUAUUUGAUGCAUUCGUUUCAUAUAGCUCGAAGGAUGAAUCGUUUGUUGCAGAAGAGCUCGCACCGAUGCUAGAAAACGGAGAUCCAUCGUACAAACUAUGUCUACAUUAUCGAGAUUUUCCUGUGGGUGCGUAUAUCGCUGACACAAUCUUGCAGGCUGUAGAAUCAUCAAGGCGCACGAUAAUGGUGCUUUCAGAGAAUUUCAUUAAGUCUGAGUGGUGUCGGUUUGAGUUCAAAUCGGCCCAUCAUCAGGUGCUUCGCGAUCGCCGCCGACGUUUAAUAGUAAUUUUGCUAGGAGAAGUACCACAAAAGGAUUUGGAUCCCGACAUUCGGUUGUAUCUGAAAACGAACACCUACCUUCAAUGGGGUGAUAAACUUUUUUGGGAAAAGCUACGAUUCGCUCUUCCUGAUGUUCCAAACAACCAACGACAAAGACCACAGCAAAAUAUACCCCUGACGCAUACAAAUCUUCGAAACAGCUAUCGUCUUAGUAGGAUACCCAAUAAUCGUUCAAAUAACUUGAUGAUCAACCAACAACAGCUACAGUACGAUACAAGACCACCAACAGUUACGACGGAUCAUAGUUCUCCUCCUUUGCAACCGCAAUCGCCUGUUGCAAUGCCUUUAAACUGCAUUGGAAUGCAGCCACAGUCGCGACAAAGUCAGUACAAGCAAUCAUCUUCACAACAGCAUCAGUCUCAGCAUGCGGCCACAGCACAGACGCAGUUGGUAGCUUCGAAUUCUGCCAGUCCUUCCCCAAGAACAAUUGGUGUACAUAUAUAAAUGAAAAAUUUCGCUUUUCCCAACGAUUUUAAGAAACGUCCAAAAUUUCAUCGGACUGUUGACGGAAUAUGAUGCUAAAGUAUGUGUAACAAAUCGAAAUUGUGCAAUACUAAUAGCAUAGUUUGUAAACUCUACUUUGGAACUCUAAACGGCCUUAAAGCAAGUAAUGUUUAGUUCGUAUCGAACUUAGUGAUGGUGUUUAGCUAACUAUGCAUACAUUAAAAAAAAGAGUACUCGAUAAUGUAGGAAAACGAGUUGAAUGAACAAUGAUAACGCCUUUAUGAUUAUGAAUCCUAGCCAAUGCAUGUUUAAUCUAGAUAAUUAAUAAGACACCACCUUUGUGAUUUGUGAAAACAUAGACAUAACAUGCACUAUUCUGGUUGUAAAGGAUCUUUAAAGGUUUGUUUGUUUUUAUUUAAGUCGAUUAUCAGAAUGAAACGAUGAGAAUAUAGGUAUGAAUAGCAAUGGACUGAAACAGAGAACUUUUCUACUAAUAAUUUCAAUUCUAUUCUAUAAGCUGUAAUAAAAAUAACAGUAUCAAAACCAGUGACAUGUUUUUAAACCGUCAGAAAGGAAAAAGUUCUAAAAAUGAAGUAUGCUAAAGAAAGCUAAAAGUUUAAUUCCAACUCUUACUACAAUGACAAUGUUGUUACGAUUAUUAGUAUUUUAGUAUAGUUAGUUAUUAUCUAAAGUAGAAAAUAAUGCUGCAGAAAAGAAAUAUUUUUAUGAUUGCUUGAAAGCGGUGGUCUUACAGAUUUCAAAAAUUAAAUUGAAUAGAAGCUGCUAAUAAAUGACGAAAAAUAAAACUAAAAUAACUUAAAAUAUUGCGACGAAAAACUAGUUCCUUAAGUAUCUGUUUUUUAUCCCAUUAAAAUAUAGUAAGUGAUCGAAAUUGAGCAAUGAUAUUAUGUAAAAUGUUGGUUCGAGAAACCUUCUAGUCAAUGAUAGGUAUGACGCCGAAUACUUACUAAACUCAUGUGGAAAUAUAUUGUCAAUCCCAAUAAAAGGAGGCGAAAACCAUGCACUAAAAGCAUGAAAGAGGUGUCUGAUGCAAGAUAGACAUAAACUCGCAUGAAUAGUAUGAGGUUAAAGUGCUCUUGCUAUGCUUGUUACAUUAAAACAUAUAUUCAAAAUCUGGUAACGAAGUUGACUUGUUCUCGACGGUUUAAGGUGAUGAGCACAGUGCGCAACAUGUGUGUAAAUAAAGAAUGUUCAUGUUAUGAAUAUGAGCAUACAUAAACCAGUGUAACUGUUAUAAAUGGACAUUUAAGGCAGACCACAUUUACAUGAUAAUAUGGUGACUCGCAUUAAUAUAAAGAAAGAAUAGCAAAGUGUUAGCAAAUUUAAGGAAGACUGAUUCAACUUGCUAGGUAAUGCAAGCACUCAUCAAACAUUCCGCAAACAAAAAAACAAUCAUUCGUUUCAUACUCCUUCAUUCAUCGCUCCUACUUAGCUAACUGUUUCGUGUUCGUCCGGCAAUUCCAGUGAAUUCAAUCUCAUAUUGGUAUGCGGGCCGCAGUGAAUAGUAAAAUGCACCAGUAUGCAGUGAUUGUUGAAAUGUCGAGAUGAUUUUCUCAUUUAAUUUUACAAAUACUACUGUCGUUGCUGUUAAAUCGUCAAGCACAACAAACAUAAAUUACAAUUACAAACAACACACAAUUAAUGACCAAGCGCAACAUCUAGGUUAUUGAAACUGAAUUAAAUACCCAACAUAAUUUAGCCGGCUGCGGUAUUGAGACCCUUGUUUUAAACACUUCCGAUCCCUUGUUCAUCGUAUAAUGU